AUAUCUGAAUAUAUGGCAUUUCAUUGGUAUAUACAUGCACUACAUAUACAUGUUUACAUGGUAGUUUAUUAAUCAGAGUAUUGUCUUAAUCGGGUUAAUAGUGGAGUAUUGUUGUCCAUGUAAACGCACUGAUUGACUCCCUUCCAUACAGACAGCAAUACAAGAUGACAUCACGACCUAUGACAUCAAAUUCUAAAUUACAAAUUUGUUUUGAUUCAAACCGGUCAGUGAUCAUUGUUGUCCACAAAACCUGAGAAGACGCACACAGCCCAACCAGGAGACCAAAUUGUUGUGGAAAUCAUCAAGAAAAAACACUCACAGACCUCUGAAGUCCUCUGAAGAUCUUUUUAGCUGAUAUGGAAAACACUGAUGCAACUUUUGGCACCUUCAUCAACCCCAACUACUUCCCUGGCAAGUUGUGGCGUUUGGUGAACGAUCCCCAGAUUUGCUCAGUCUGGUGGGACGACAGCGGGGAAGGGAUACUUGUUCAUCAGGAAACAUUCGAAGCCGAAGUGCUAUUGUCCCAACCCACGCAUUUGUCUGAGUAUUUCAGGACGACUGACUUCAUAAGUUUCGUUCGCCAGCUGAACCUGUACGGCUUCAAAAAACAACGCAUGAACAUCUCGGACAAGCAGUCGAACAACUCUCCGAUUAAAGCCCAACUGCACCAUUUUCAAAACCCGUACUUUAAACGGGAUAAGCCUGAGCUCCUGCUCGAUAUAAAGCGACGCACGCCUCUCAAUAAGGCCAAGCUCGCCGGCUUAAAGGUGACCAGCAGGACGCCCAGACGUUUCCAUCACGUGAUGCAGAAUUCAGCACAGGAAACCUCUGGCUUAAUGAGCACAGGUUCAGUCUUGCUUGAACAUCAGGGAACCCCUUACCACCAUCCCUGUAAUGUCCCUCAGCAGGAGCAGAGGAGCAACACACCUCAUCAGUCACAGUACGGGUUUUACACACCAGUGUAUCAGUGCAGUAGCCUAGACGUCUUGGAUUCAACAGUGCCAUGCUUUCAACAACCCGCUGCUUCCUACUCUCCUGGUGACUAUUACCCUGACUACUCAGUCAGAUACGCUGAUCUGAUCGAUCAGGAUCCAUUCUGGAGAGCAGGUGAUGUUCCAGAGUCCAGGACGAGUGACCAGGACAAAGAGAAAGAGGAACUGGACGCUAUAUUAGAGCUGGCGUUGGACCUGCAGGUCAGAUUAGAUGAUUUCCCAUCAAGAACAGCCCCGAGUGUGUAUCUGUGCUUACAGUGUAGUCAGAGCUGCCGUAGUACCAUGAGGUCCAAUAAUCGGAAUCCAGAACCAAGAACUGUUUACACGGUUCAAGAACAUACAGUGCCCUCCACUAAUAUUGGCACCCUUGGUAAAUAUGAGUAAAGGAUGCUGCGAAAAUGUGUCUUUAUUGUUUAGCCUUUUGACCUUUUGUUCAGCCUUCCUUGCUUAUAUUUACCAAGGGUGCCAAUAAUAGUGGAGGUCACUGUAUGUGGUUUAAAUUCCGUAGGUAUGGAAAAACACUGACACCAUUGUGCAACCAUAAAAUGUUUGCGGUGUAAAUCAGUGUGUAGCCACCAUUGUUAAUCCGUAUUAUUCAUUAUAUUCAUUCCUUAUUUCUGUUCUUGCACCUGUUGUAAAAUAAUCAGCACAUGACUGAACAAAACUUUUUUUUUUUUUGUCAUGAAUUUGCAGUCAGAAGCUUAUAGACUUGUUUGUGAGGUAAUGGAUUUGAGUUUAUGAGUGCGUCUCAAUCAGCUCCACAGGUCAGUAGUCAGGACACUGAUCAGGGAGUGGACCAUUUGAAGGGCUGUCUCAAUUGCGAAAUCCUACCAGUGUGCACUGGCACGUUCGCUCCCUGAAAAAUCCCACAAUGCACCACGAAAACCAAGGAGCUUAGAUGUUCACUAUUUUCCCUUACUGAAAAUGACGCCAUGUUUUCAGAAGCCUCUCAGAUCGAACAAUGUGGCGGACGAACGCUGUUGUUGUAGAUCUCAAAUGGUUACUUACGUUAGCGAUUUUUUACUUUAUUUGACGUUCUAUAUAUUGUUUAUUUGAGUCUAACGACUUUAAUGAUUUUUAAAAAUCUACUAACUAGUCUACGAUCCUACUUGAAGUACCAUGACAGACUAAUGAAUAUGCCAUAUAAUGUUAGAAAGAUGUCCGUCCCGCAUGUUGAGGUUAAGUGCCAGUGGUGAUGUUUUACAGCGCGAGUACGUAAUCAUGUUACCGGAAACUGAGUCAUCAGGGUCCUAAUGUGUAGUGAGUCAGGGUCUUUACCAGUGCCCGAGCUCAUGUACACCGUAUACUGAUUCACCACCUAGGGAUCGAGGGAGCUGAUCGAGACGCACCCUACUGUAUGUUUUGUGUAAUGUGAAACAUUAAUGUUGUUUUCUAUGUAUUUUAUUUAUUCAGGAUGAAGUUGAUGCCCGGAGGGCGCUGCAGCUAUCACUCACCUGUUAAGACAGCUUGAGUGGGUGUUACGAACCCGUAGUGGGUGCUACGAAAAAUAAUCUGCCAAACAAAAUGAAUCAAAGAGACAGAGGCUGAAUGCAGUCGAUACAAAAAAAAUCAUUUGUAAAAUAGACAUUUGAUUGAAUGACAGUUUAUAGUUUUUAUGUGUAUUUUAGGAAAAUAUAAGAUGUAAAUUACGUCCAAGUCACUUGAGAGCAUUACUGUAAAUUAAUGUAAACCUCUAGCUCUCUAGAUUAUUUGUUGUAAUAAUAAGAAGAAGAAUUUGUGUUUCACAUUUUUUAGACCUGAAUGUUAUAAAUGUUAGGAAGACUUUUUAUUUAUUUUUUAAUAUCUUAUCUUUUUUAUCUUAUUCAAUAUCUAUGACUCUGUGUAGACCAGCACACUGGCAGGUACACACACCACAGGAAAACUGCAAAUAUUUGCCUGUGCUAAGAGCGGCCUGUUCUCCUGAAGCUGUUAUUUAAUGAAGUAUAACCUUGUUGAAGGGCAAACAGUUGGAGCUGUUUUAGUGAUGUUUUAGUGUUGUAGCUCUAUAGCGCUCUAGAUUAUUUGCUGUAAUAAUAAUUGUGUUUCACAUUUUUUAGACCUGAAUGUUAUAAAUGUUAGGAAGACUUUUUGUUUAUUUUUUAAUAUCUUAUCUUUUUUAUUUAUUCAUUUCAGGCAUACUGUUUUAGUCUUUUUUAUGCUGCCUGACAUGUAGAGAAGUGACUGUUACCAAUAAAGUGAAUUAUUUCUUUUAACAGCAUGUCCUGAAGUGCUUUAUUCCUCUUAUACUACAGCAGUUUUUAUUUAUUAAGGAACAACACAUCAUACCUGUUUAUCUGUUUAUAGCUGUGUUGUAGAAAGUCUGCAAAACAAAGUAGUUUCUUAUCACUUGUGUUGUAAGACCUAUAAACAGUCGAUCCCCCACCAGCCGCUCAUUUUAUCAUUUUUCUAUCAAGUCCUCCAUCCUGAACACUGUUUCAUGUUGGAAGACUUGAAGGAACAGUUUUAUCACUGACUUUUCCAAAGUGCUGAAACUGGAGGCUCCGUCAUAAAUGUUAAAUACUGUAAAUGUGUCCUUAAUUAUCAUUAACUGCAAGCUGAAAUUCAGAUCCAUCAUCUCAUAUUCAUCUUUAGAUCUUAAAGCCUAAUGUCUUCAGUGUAUAGAAAUCAGAAAAGACUUGGCCUUGUUGUUCCAAUACUUUUGGAGGGGGAUGUAUUUAGCUAUGAUGCUGCUAUGUAGGGUGUUACUAUGGCACCCUAUUGUAACUAUGGUAACUAUGGUUGUUAUAGUGUUGACCAUGACGUGAUCCUGGCCUUACUCUGGUAUAUGUACAUGUUGAUGGUUGGUAUUAAUAGUAAUAUAUCAUAGGAACCAUGAUAUAACCAUCUAUUGUAAGCCAUUCUCAAACCAGCUCUGACCCAUUGAGGCAUGGACUCCACAAGACCUGUGAAGGUGUGCUGUGGUAUCUGGUACCAAGACAUUAGCAGCAGAUCCUUAGCAGCAGUUAUGUAAGGUGGGGCCUCCAUGGAUCGAGCUUGUUUUGGAGGCCAAAUGAACACCUUGAACUCUGUCAUGUUCCUCAAACAAGUCUUGAACAAUUUUUGCAGCGUGGCAGGGCACAUUAUCCUGCAUGAAUCCUUGUCCAACACAUCAACUUGAAGAACUGACUGUUCACUUGCUGUGUAAUAUAUCUCACCCCUUGACAGGUGUCACUGUAACAAGAUAGUCAAUGUUAUUCAUGCCACCUGUCAGUGGUUUUAAUGUUAUGGCUGAUAUACAUUUAUACAUUAACGCAAUG